UCACAAGCUCUACGACGAGUACGACCUCAUAGUAUAUUGUUUUUGAGGGUUUAUGUUAUGGAGUAGGCUCUAGUAACGGAAAUCUUUGAACCAAUAUUUGAAAAGAAAAUCUUUGAGUUUCACAACUGCUGCUGCCAUCUAAUGGCACACAUGUUUGUGUAGUGUUUCAGAAAGUUAAGGAAUAACUAAAAAGCUAUCUUCGUGUAGAGACUCUGUGCGUUUACGUUCAGGUUUCUUGAUCGUCUUUUUUUGUGUGUGGUUAAUUGCUGUGAUCAAAAUGGCAUUAAAUCCUGCAUACGAAGCGAUCGGGAAGGGUUUUGUUGCCCAGUACUAUGCUCUUUUCGAUGACCCAGCUCAGCGGCCAAAUCUGAUUAACAUGUACAACACUGAGACAUCUUUCAUGACUUUCGAAGGGCUGCAAAUACAAGGUGCUGUCAAAAUAAUGGAAAAGCUAACAAGUUUGGCAUUCCAAAAGAUAAACCGAAUUAUUACAGCUGUUGACUCUCAACCAAUGUUUGAUGGUGGUGUAUUAAUAAAUGUCUUGGGAAGAUUGCAGUGUGACGAAGACCCGCCUCACGCCUAUUCACAAGUGUUUGUGCUGAAGCCAGUGGGAAAUUCUUUUUACUGCCAACAUGACAUAUUCCGUCUGAGCAUCCAUGACAGCGCCUGAUGGACACUGCCAAAUGUGGGACAGCAACAUGCCAAACCUGUGCCGCACUGCCGGUAUGGGAUGUGAUACAGACAUUUGUAUCUGGACAUUGACCACGUGGUUUCGAAUAAGUUACGUGUCACCUGUUACUCGGCCGUUAAAAAUUUAUGAAAAACAUUGUUAAGUUUACUUCAGCGAGUCAUGCUUUUGCAGCUUAACUGUGUCCGGAACCACAUGGUUAUCCGCUUUGUUUUCCUCAGUCUGUUAAUUUCAUUAAUGUUGAAAUUUUCUGUGUAACUCAUGUUAAUUGAUAAAGAUUGUAUGCAACACGUAAGUUUGUAAUCCGCAAAUUUUAAAUAUAAAUUGUGCUUAAUGACACUCUGAAACUUAAUUGGACCCAGCCUUUAUUUUUCACUUUUUUGUGUUCAGAAAUUAAGAGACUGUGUUACUGUAUUCAAUCCUCAAAUUAAAAGAAAAGAGGAAGUGCUUUCUGUUGUGUUUUUAUAUUGUAAUUAUCAUUCUCAACCAUUUUAAUAUUUGGGGGAAGUUAUUUGUUUGUAGCUUCAGAUAUCUGCUUAGUGAUUUUAAUAGUGUAUUCACCUUUAGUUUAAUCAUUCUUCAGUAUGUCAUUUAAAAUAUUUAAAAACAGUGGAGUAUCCUUUUGCAUAGUGCUUAUGCAUAACAUUGGAAGAUUUGUAAUUUGUAGAGACGAGAUACGCCAGACAGCUCCCAUGGCUGUGAAAGUACAUUUAGCACUUCAUUAUAUUGAGCUAUAGCACUUUGCCUCAUUUGGACUGAAUAAAUACGUACUGUGAUACUUGUAACUAAUUUUUUAUUUGUGUUUAACCACUGUUUAAAUCUUGAGUGUCGGACUAGUUUGUGUGUCAGUGUGUUCCAACCUGAACAUUUUUUGAAUUUUUACAUUUAUCUAUUCGUAAGAUUUGGACCAGAAGGUCCUCUGUUGCAUAUAAUCAAGAGUGAAUUAAUGAAAGGAAGCAGUACAGAACGACCUGUUCCAUUUGGUCGUUUUACACACACACACACACACACACACACACACACAC